ACAUUUUGCCUUUGUUCCUGAACGACAGUCGCCAUUUUGCUCGUUGGCGUCGUAAACAUAACGAGCUAGCAAUCUAGCAGAGCAAGCUGACUUCAAAUAUCAUCUAUCUGGAGAGUACAGUGUGUCAUUACAGAACCUGAAAUAACCGGUUGUUAAGAUGCGGCGGUCGAAGCGGCUACGCUCGCCCGAUGGCUGGGUCCAGGAAUACAGCUGGGAGGAGAAGGUGGAGGUUCGCAAACGUCUGCGGCGAAGCUCCCAAAGCGGUGACAGGGACAAGAAACCCCUCAGGCAGUAUCACCACUUCAAAACUUACGAAAGGUGUCGUGUGGACCCCGGGAGGCUGGAGGGCAGGGACCAGCGGGCCAGGGAGCCCAACGGGGCCCCCACAAGCCAGGGGGCCCACAGCGACCCCCAGGGGGAGCCGGCCAGGGCCGAACCGGCCAGGGACGAGAAGAACAGGGACGAGAAGAACAGGGAGUGGCAUCAUUACAGCAAGUCGUCAGCGCGCAGCGGCCGGAGCCACAGGAGCAGCCACACUCGCCACCGGUCCAGACGCCAUAGCCGGACUCAGUCGGACUCGAGGAACCAGAGAAGGAAAAAGUCCCGGAGUUUUGAGGAUGACGAGGAGGGUCACCUGAUCUAUCACAAUGGACUCGUACUGAAAGCAAGAUACGAGAUUGUGUCCACGCUAGGAGAAGGAGCCUUUGGGAAGGUGGUGGAGUGCAAAGACAUGAUGAAAGACGAGUACCGUGUGGCGCUGAAAAUCAUAAAGAACAUUGACCGCUACCGUGAGGCGGCCAUGUCGGAAGUGGAAGUCCUGGAGGAGAUGAACUCCCUGGACAACGAAGGCAGAUUCCUCUCCUCUCUCUUCCUCUCCUCUUCCCCCAGUGCGUGCGUGCGUAUGCUGGACUGGUUCGACUACCACGGUCACAUCUGCAUCGUGUUCGAGCUGCUCGGCUUGAGCACCUUCGACUUCAUCAAGGAGAACGGAUUCCUGCCCUUCUCCGUCCACCAGAUCCGUCACAUGGCCUACCAGAUCAUCCGAGCCGUCUGCUUCCUUCAUAGGAACAAGCUGACCCACACUGACCUGAAGCCCGAGAAUAUCCUGUUUGUCAGGUCGGACUACGACAUUAAAUACAACUCCAAAAUGAAGCGCGACGAGAGGACGCUGAAGUGUUUGGACGUGAAGGUGGUGGACUUCGGCAACGCCACGUUCGACCACGAGCACCACACCUCGGUGGUCUCCACGAGGCACUACCGCGCGCCAGAGGUCAUCCUGGAGCUGGGCUGGAACCAGGCGUGCGACGUGUGGAGUCUGGGCUGCAUCCUGACAGAGUACUACCUGGGCCUCACCCUCUUCCAGACCCAUGACAGCAAGGAGCACCUGGCCAUGAUGGAAAGGGUUCUGGGCCCCAUACCAGCCCACCUGCUACAGAAAACCAAAAAGCGCCGCUACGUGCAUCACGAGCGUCUGGACUGGGACGAACACAGCUCCUCAGGACGAUACGUCCGGAAGCACUGCAAACCCCUCAAGCAAUACAUGUUGUCUAAGAGCUGGGACGACGAGCAGCUGUUCGACCUCAUCCACGGGAUGAUGGAGUACGACGUGUCCAGGCGUCUCACCCUGGAGGAGGCCAUCUGGCACCCCUUCUUCGAUCCUCUUAGGAAAGACCGUCGGAAAUGACCCUGGCCUGCGCGCCCACGCUGUACAGAGGGGAACCAAGGCGUACACGCGUACGCAGACACUGCAAUUUCUGCUCUCCAAAGGAGAUUCGUACAGACUGCAUCAGUCCUCCUACGAGAUUACCUGUCUGUUGACUUGCGGCUGUAUGUGUGACUGUUUUCUAAGCUUCUAUUUAUGUACUUAUUUUCUUUUUGAUGAUCGCUGUUUUGAUGAUUUGUGAUUGUUUAAUAAACCUGUUCAUGUUCUCAAACUUGA